GGUUCGAAUAACAGUACUUAGAAAAAUUACCAACUAUAUUUGAAUUAUCAGAGAUUUUCAAAAAUUUUACCGCAUAUGGUACACUGUACACUUCCAUUUUAUAUUUUUUUAUAUAAGUUAAGUAAACACAUAGCUAUACAUUCUGUAUUCUUUUUUACAUUUCCAUAGCAUAUUUAUGUUAUUCCUUAUCAAUUACAAUUUUUCUUAACAUUCGUUUAUUUACAGAACUACCAAGUAGUAUCAAAUAUGUACAUUUAUUUCAGUUGUCUGUAAAAUAUUUAAUAUGGAUAAUCUUGGGACUACAUUGAAACAAACAUAUUAUUUAUUAACACUUACAAUUAGUAUACAAUUAGUAUACAUAAUUACCAUACGACUUUGGAAAGUACUAAGGCAAUUGGUUUAUUUGAAACUAAUGUAUAACAGCAAUAUAAUAUCUGUUCUUCGAGCUGCCAUGGAAUUUAAUCAAAAGUCUAUAAUAGUCAUUGUGUUAAGUAGCAUAUCUGAAGCAUUUUUCAGAAAAGAGCAAUACAGACUGCAGACAGAAAACACAAUACCUUUUAUCAUUUGUUUCAUAUUCUGUGCAUUGUUCUUGGAGGAAAUUGGUAUUAAUGACUGUAAAUUGAAUAUCUCAGAAUCUCUACGAAAUAUGGGUGGAGUAGAUUAUGGCAGUGGAAUGGCACUCAGUUAUUUUUAUGGAUAUUUGCAAAUUGUACUUCCAGUAACUGGAAACUGUGAUAAAGGCCUUCGUGAAAAAAUUGAACUAUUUGAAUCUAAGGAGGGUGUAUCAAUACCAGUAAAAAAGCUUUUUAUAUUGAUACCUUCAUCUUCAUAUAUUCCUCCAGAUCUUAAAACUGUCUCUCCAGGUUGGAUGGAAAGUGUAGAGACAUUAGAAAUGACAAUUAAAGAUAGAGCGGGUGUAAAAGGUAGAAAAUACCAUAAUACCGUAUACAAAAUAUAUAAGAAAGGACCUGAAGUAAAUGAACAUUAUGUGUAUGUAGUUGCAGAAGGUGCAACACCUGUUCAAACAUUGUUUGAAAUUUCAAAACAUCGUCAUAAAGAGGCAAUAAGAUGUUCAGAAGUUUUAUCUGAAAUUUUGAUAUCCUUUUACAAAACCUUACAAAGUUUGUUGGAUGAUGACCCACAGUGUACCGAUCUCUGCGAAUUAAUAUUUUAUAAUGAUGGAGAUGCAAAUGGAAAAAAAACAAAUGUAGCGAAAAUUCUUUUACAAAGAAUUCAAAAUGAAACGUUCAUCUGAUACACUGCAGAUAUGGGAGUCAAGCAUUGGAAAAUCUCGAUGACUACGACCAAUCUCCAAUCUAAAAGACUGCAGAGUGCACCGAUAUUGCUUAAAGAACAGAAAAUGGGGAAAUAGCAUCUCUGGUAGAUGCAAUUCAAAUUCGCUGUAUCGUACAUCAUCAAUUUAGCACUCCUACUUUGUUGCUCAUGAUUUCAUAUACAUACUUUCAGCAAAUAAAGUAAUAUUUUCUCAAACUUGAACGAAAACUGUUACCUGCUGAUCCUAUCACACAAACGUGGGCAGUGAGCGCACAGAGGUGCACAUACGGAGCGCAAUAUAUGCGUAUAGUUUAAAUAUUUUUUCGAUAAUUAUCAUCCGGAAUACUGCCGUGAUUCGGAUAAACGGAGCACUGUUUUCUGAAAUUAAAACCACGUUUCAGUAAUCGAUAAUUCUUAAUAAAUAAAAGUGGUAAAUAUUGAUCUCUGUAAGUAAUCUCUAUGUACUGGUAUCUUGUAAUAAUAAGCAAGUGAAAAAAAAAUACGUGUGCAUUCUUUUUGAAAUUUCCUAAAAUUAAGAAAAAUAAAAUUGUGGCGCAAAUAAUGUAAGAAAUAGUAUAUUGAUUAGUAGCUAAUGGAGAUAAAAUUAAAAAAAUGUAAUUUAUUGAAGAAAUCAACCUAUCUGGAAUCGAAUCCAACUUUGCAGCAAACCUGCCCUGCCAACUGGACCACCCUACAUGAUCGAUGACAUCGGGUUUCGAAUUGAUAGAAUAUUAAUCAUUUCAAAUUUUCUAAAAUAACAUCUCAUAAACCAAGAUGCGUUGAAUAAAAAAAAUCUAAGGUCUUGUCGACAAAGCUGAGCCCUAC